CACGCUUUGAGAAGCAGCGCUCAAAAAGAAUCAAAAUUUACCGUAAAUACUUCAAUUGAUAAAAAGAACAUGAAUGCCUCUAAAGUUAAUGAAACACCAAGCAGAUUGCCAGGAAAAAACGGAGAAAAACGACCAGAAAUGGACAGAAUUGACGAAAUGUUCGAUAUGAUCAAAGCCGUCAUGGCGAAAUUAGACACGUUGGAUGAAAUUAAGCAACGCAUCGUUUACGUUGAACGAGAGUUAUUAGAGAUAAAAAAUUCAAUUGAAUUCGCUCACGCCGAAGUAAAAGAGUUAAAGGAAGGGUGGUAG